UAUAGCUUAAACUGGAAUAACACCCUUGUAAAUAUUUUGUGCCCUCCAUGCCCUCAUCCGCCCAUUCACCCCCGGCGGCUCCAGGAGGGGACCACAACCGCAGGCACCGGUGGCGGCACGCCAUCCACACUACGCUCGUGCUGCACUGGCGGUCCCUUCAGGUCCGAGCCCAAGUAGGCGCCGUCGGUCGCGGCGGCCAGGCCGCGCCUCCCCUUCCACAGGUCCCGAGAUCCGCCGACAUCAACCCCGUCGUCCAGCAUCGGGUGCCUAAGAUCGGCACACCUCCUCCCAAUCGUCCCGGACCAGCGCCAUGGCAACGAGCGUAUCCCCCUACCCUGACCUUCAACUUCAAUGGCAGAUCCCACCAUGACUUGGCAGCACCGUUGGUGGAACCAGCGUCCCUAGGUGAGCAAUCAUCCAGAUGGCCGUCACGCUUCCGCCCAGCAGGUAGAGGAGUAGAGGCGUUGUUUCCACGGGGCGGUAGUGAGGUGUUGUUGAUUAGAGCACCAUCAGCAGUUCUUGAGCACCAUGGCAAUGCAAAGGUAAUCCGUGUGCCCUGCAUCUUCAAAAGAAUUAUCCGAUGCAGUAUCCCAAAAAGUAGCAUUAUGUAAAGAUCUGAUUCAUCUCAAUAUAACAUGAAAACAUGGAAGAUGAUGGAUUAGACAUGAAAAUCCUAUGAGCAGAGAUAGCACAGUAAUUAACAUUCUGCAUUAGAUUACUUAGUUGAGAGAUAGAACCUGAAGAAAAGUGAAUUAAGCUAGAUACAUAAAAAUUAGGCACUCCCUGUAACUCCAAUACCAAAUAGGUAGUCAGACAUCUCGGCAUUCGACUGUUGGAGAUGAUGAGCUUGAGAAGUGAGAUGGUUCUGUUGAAGUAACGGUGCGUCUGAGCGGUCUGGCCAUUGACCGUUGCAUCCAUAUGUGGGUUGGCUGCUCCUGUACCUCUUCCGCUGUAGCGGCUAAUCGAAAAUUGAAGAUCCUUCUCAAAUUUGAGCUCCAUUUCUUUAAGGUUCCCUAUUUUUUGCACGCUGAUAAUGAGUUUUUUUUUUGGACUGUAUAAUUGAUCUUGAUAUGGUUUAUAGCUUCCUGUUACCACUCUUACCAUCGUCCAAUCAAGUUCAUCCAUGUCAAAAUCUAUCGACUUGGAAUAGAGUAGUGUCGAAGAGAAGGUUUGAUUGUACUAUUUAAUUGCUCAUCAAUUUCAUUGUCUACUUUCUUCAGUUCGAUAACUUCAACCUAAAAAUAAACUGGUGGUCAAUACGAAAUAACACAUCAAUUUUCUUCUGAGGGAUGCCUCACUUUUUAUUUUUCUCAGUAGAUUAGAGUAAUAAGUUGAUGAUCAUUCUCUACUUUGUAUUUGUAUUUUUUUAUGAGAUUGAUCCAAGAAAGAAUGACAUAUGUGCAAUAUGUAUGGGUAAAUAAUAAGUGAAAAAAUGGUUUCGAACUAGGAAACCUAAAACUGUAGGUUUGUAUAGCAAGAUUAUCAUAUUUUAUAAUGUAUUUUGUUUAGCGAAUAUAUAUUCCAAAAUUUCCCAUGUACUGUUUCUGCAGAGAGGGGGAAGGAGCUGAUUGCAGGGCACUAAAAUAUAUCUGGGCUGCCAAAGCUCCAUGAUCGCUUACAUAUGUAUAUUAUCCAUGUAGUCUGGGUUAUCUGGGAUCAAUUACAAGAAGGCACUUGAAUAUUGUUUAUAAAGGUUGCAUAUUUUGU